AUGACUCUCUUUUUCGUGUUGAUUCAGGGCAAUAAAUUUCUCCACAUUUCUCUACUUCUCGGCGGCAGCAUCAGAGAAAAUGAUGCAUACGAGAUUCUCCCUCUGUCGGCAGAUGGAAACGGCCUGAGAGACAUGUUUUGCCACAAUCUUCUGCCUGCUGAGUCCCGACAACUCACGACAUCGCCUUGCCUGUUGGUCUCUGCUGGCCGGCGAAGUGGUACCAAUCGGAGUUCGCGAGUGAUGGGCCAUGAGAACAUUAGACCCGCUAAUCUUGGCACGAUCAGAGAGCUACAGUCUCACAGGUCCAGACGACACGGGUACACACGAACAUGCACCAGCUGCCAAGCCCUCGUCUCGUUGCUAUGGCGCCAAGUGGACACUCGUGUCCUAUGGCGUUUCCGGCAGCCCCCCCCUCAUUUAUCUACUUAUCCAAAUGCUGUGUGCUGCAGGCCACAUUUGGGCAUUGCCAUGGCAAUGGAGAGCAGACAACGCAAACGGGGCAACAGCCUGUUCAGACAGGAGCAGGCUAAUGUGCGUCAAGCGGGCGUCGUUUGA